CGGAAGGACUAAAUUUUGUGAUUGGAGGGAGGGGAGAGAGAAAUGGUGAAAGAGAAUAAGGUUUUUGUGGCAAAUAGGCAAACGCCAAACCUCAAAUAACUGGUCAAACACCACAAGGAACGGUCUUUUGUAAUAAAAUAAAAAUAAAAACUCGCUAUCUGGGCGCGAAACGUGGAUUCAAUAUCACACAAUACAGUUACUAAACUUCAGGAAGAGAAACAGAAAUACAACCAACAAGGAUCAAAAUUAAUCAAAAGAAAAGAAAAAAUCAUGGCACAAGCACAGCCCCAAGGAAACAUUGAAGAAGAAGAACAAGAAUCCUCUAUUGCAAAAGAAUUGAAACAAUCAACAAUGUCAACAAAACUAAAUGAGAGUACUAUUACUAGUAGCAGCAGUAAUACUAAUAAUGGUGUUUCUUUCAAAUUCAAUGCACAAGCCCCUGAAUUUGUGCCAAGAUCACAUUCCUUUAAUCAGAAUCAGACCCAGAUUCCCAUUUCUGGUUAUUUUUACCCAUGCUUUCAUUACCUUGGUGCUGCAAGUGGAUCUGAUUGGUUCUUUGUUGGAGAUCAAGACCCUCAUAAUGCUGCUGCUACUUAUUUGAUUUCUAAUCCUAACCUUGCUUUUCCUAAUUCCUCUAACAAGACUACUCUUCUUACCGAUGAUCUUCGCCAAAAGAUCCUCAAACAGGUGGAGUAUCAGUUCGGUGACAUGAGUCUUCUUGCAAAUGAAUCCAUGUCAAAACACAUAAGUAAAGAUCCUGAAGGUUAUGUGCCGAUAUCUGUUAUUGCCUCCACAAAGAAAAUGAAGUCCCUUGUUAAUAACAAUCAUUUGCUUGCCCAAGCACUUCAGUCCUCUUCGAAACUCGUUGUAAGUGAAGAUAAUAAGAAGGUUAAACGUAAACUCCCUUUUACUGAGAAAGACAGAGAAGAACUGCAGUCUCGUACUGUUGUGGUGGAGAAUCUGCCUGAAGAUCAUUCUCAUCAAAACCUUGAGAAGAUAUUUAGUGUGGUUGGAAGUGUAAAAACCAUCAGAAUAUGCCAUCCCCAAGAAUCCAAUUCGUCGCGCACAAAAAGUGAUUUCUUCAUGAGCAACAAGCUACAUGCACUUGUGGAGUUUGAGGGCUCAGAAGCAGCGGAGAAAGCGGUUGAGAAUUUGAAUGAUGAAAGGAAUUGGAGAAAAGGACUUCGAGUCAGGGUACUGCUCAGAUGCUCACCAAAAUCUGUUUUGAGAAACAGAAAGUCAGAGUUUGAAGGUCUUUUGGAUGAUGAAGAUUUAGCACUUCCUGAAUCAAACGAGGAUUCUUCUCAGGUUAACAAUGUAGAAUCUGUCACAGAGAGUAACACGGAAGAAAAUUCAGGGUCAUCAAAGAAAGGAUGGGCAAAAGGUCGGGGCAAGGGUAGAGGACGUGGCCAAAGCCAUGGUGGGCGGGGCCUGCUUGCUCCUUCUCCACAAUCUGUUAGCUCUCCCCAAUGUGAAGCAUCUGCUAAACAUACAUCGAAGGGUCCACGAAUGCCUGACGGAACCAGGGGUUUCACCAUGGGUCGUGGCAAGCCACUAGGUACUCCAACUCUGGCCAGUUCAAUGGUGGAAUAAAUGGAUAUUUGGGCAUUGAUCAAUUAGUCAUUAUUAAGUUGGUCUAUUUUUUCUUAUGGAGUUAGAGAAGCAAGAAUUGGUUAUGGAGCCAAUAAAAUAUUUCGGCUAGUUAUAUUAUUCUUUUUAGGCAUUGCGGAUGUUCCUUAAUAACUUGAGGCUGUAUUGUAUAGUAUAGUGUGUCUUGUGACAACAGUUGUAGGUAUUAUAUUGUUCUUCUCGCUUGACAUUUUCUGGAGCUAUGUUGCUGUGGGCUGGAACUGAAUUCCCAGUAUUAUUGUAUCAACACUUUGAAUAAUGAAUUUUGAGGGAUGCAUCCCUUUCUGUA